AAAGAAUAUACUCGUUUUCCACCCGUCGAGUAUCCCUAGCCAAAAUCACUGCAUUGUCAGCAAAGAAAAACCGAAACUGUACUGGCCUUUCCAGUUCUACCAUCUGCCACGUUCCAUAUUCUUGCAUGGCAGUACAUGGGGCAUCCUGUGGCCUACGUAACGAGAGGUUUCGGUGUUUGGCCGUUGGUGUGAUCUCGUUUCAGGCGGCUUAAUUUUGAUUUCAAGCCCUUUCCUUCUAAUUAGAUAUAUCUUCUAAUUUUCCCCCCUUUGUAGACAUGUCUCGGCGUGCAGAAAAGACUGGCAGCUAGGGUUUGUCUUCUUGUAACCUCUUGCGCAUGCAAGCUGCGGUCCCUCCAAGCCCCUAGGAAAGGGAGGUUUCGAUCGAACCUGGUCUUGUUCUGCAUUCUGUCUAAUCCGUUCGUUUUCGACAUUUACCGUUUCUUUCGUUUUCCGUGUCGACCACGCCCUGGAGACAAUUUUCUAGGCACUCAAGGGCCUCGAGCAUAAGCAGCACGACUCUACACUCUACCCAAGUAGUGCAGAGCCAUCGUGUCCCCCUCAACGUUUUCUUCGAAUCCCUAUUUUAUUUCUCUUCAUUCUCCAUCUCCAUGGAGCGCAAACUCGACCCACAAUUCAUGGGACUAGGCCCCGAGUUCCGCUCGGCGAAAUGUUUGAACUUAUGCGAAUUGCAACUGAUUCUGAGCGAUCAGCUACGUCUGCCGAACACUCGUUCGGCUGAGGCACAGGGUUUGCUGAAGGCGUCCUACGACUACAGCACCCGGUUCGCGAAGCUCAGAACUCGGAACGUCAUUGUCGAUUUGCGAAAUAAUCUCGAAAGAGAGGGAGAUCUUCACCAGUUCGAGAUCGCCCAGCUGGUAAAUCUGCUUCCCAAGUCCCUAGACGAAGCGAAAGCUCUAAUUCCUACUCUCAACCGUUUGCCUGGUCCUCGGCUGCAACGCAUUCUCGAUUUGCUCGAAAUGUUUCGCGUUCAUGCUGCUUGA